GGGGAGUUGAUACCUUGUUGGGUGCCAGAGGAUGAAAAGCUGAAGUAAAAGAAGGAAUAAGACAGCAUUCUCUCUUUUCUGCUCUCUUUCUAUUCUCCCAUUCUCUACCUCUAGCAGCAUUGGGAAAAGGUCCAUCUUCUGCCAGAACUUAACACAGAGACACACAAAGAGAGUACCAUGAAGCUCCAGGUUCUCCUACUCAUAAUGCUUGCCUAUGUGGUUGUGAUGAUUUUGCCUGUGCAGGGAAGCCUCUGGGAAAAAACUUCUAUUGAUGAAACAGUAGUUGAGCCGUGCGAGUAUCUUCCUAAGUCACCAAAAUACUGUAACAAAAAUUGCACCCCAGACCAUCGCUGUAGAUCAAAAGAAGCUCGGUGUUGCCGGACCUACUGUGGAAAUAUUUGCUUGAAAGAUGGACAAUUCGCUAGAGUUAAGGUAUGACUCACCACCAGUGUUGGCUGGAGGACGACUCUCUGGCCCAGGAAGAGUGCUGCCUAGUUCCUUGCUAGCAUACCCACUUGCUCUGGCUUAGGGCCUCUCUGCUCUCUCCUUGACUUCUCAACCCUGAGAAGGCUCACAUAUUUG